CUCCCAUUGACGUAGACUGGCGAAAUCGAAAGUACAAAUGGAAUUUAGGGAAGGUGCCGCUGGAUCGGUUUGUGUUUUUUGCAGACCGUGAAGUUAUAGUUAGAAUAUUCACUUAUUCUCCAUAAACUCCUUAAAGAUUGACAGGAAUUCAGUUCUGGUGUGUUUUCUCGCCAUGUCUCUCCCCCAGCUCCUGGUUUCUGCCCUGGUUUUUUGCAUAGGAGAAGCCUUGGAGGACAUUGGGUCGCUUAAGAUCCAAGCCAUUUUUGGAGAAAUGGUGAUCCUGCCCUGCAACGUCAGCGUUGAGUCUGACGUCCCAUCGGUGGAGUGGUCAAAGGAGAACCUGAAUCCGCCCAUCGUCUUCCUGUAUCGGGGCUGUGAGACCUUCGAGGAGCAGAAUCCGACUUUCCAAUUCAGGACAAACCUCUUCUUGAAGGAACUGAAAGAGGGGAACCUAUCGCUGAGGCUUUCCAACGUGCAGCUGUCGGAUAAGGGAAAAUACAAAUGCAAGACGAUUAAGAGUAGACCCCUGGAGGUGGCUUCCAUAGAUCUGUCUGUGGGUGCAGUUUCUGAGCCAAAGCUCUCAGUAGUUUCAUCUGAAAGUGGGAAUGUGACUCUGCAGUGUGAGGCCGAUUGCUGGUUCCCGGAGCCUGAGAUGACAUUUCUUACCGCUCAGGGAAACAUCACCAAUGCUCAAAACACAAAGGCUCCUUUUGACUCCAGGAGGCUUUGUUUCAACGUCACAAAGAGGGUGACAGUGCAGGCUGGCGAGAGGGUCACCUGCCGAGUUCACCAGGAUGAAAUAAACCAGACGAGACACACACAUAUUCACACACCAGGUGGACCCGAGACAUCCUGCACUCUAUACAUCAUCAUUGCUGUUAUAUUACCUGUAAUUGUAUGUGCGGUAUUUGCCUGCCUAUGGAGGCGAUGUGUCCCCUGUGCAGUGAAGGAUCAAAAGUGUUUACCAUGUAAGCAAUACACCAGGGUGCCAAUCACAGCAGAAGGUCACAACAAGGAAAAAGAGACUGACUCCAAACUGCAUGAGCUUCAGAGGAAAAUCCGUGACCUGGAGUCCACACUUCUCCACAAAGACGAGCAGAUCUGCAGUCUAAAUAAAGAACUGGAUGACUUGAGAUCCAAACAGUGCAGUCUCGUGGAUCUUCAUGGCCAGCCUACGAUUAUGAACGGUCCCUCUCAUUCUUCCCCAGAUGUCUCAAAACCCCUGAAACCUCCAGGGCCCUUUCCCCACGACGACGAUCCAAAACCAACAGCUUCAACCAACAACAACUGUCAAAAAACGAACCAAAACUCAAAACCAACACAAAGCCUUGGGUUCCCACGGAUCCAAAAAGGCACUGGCACCCACAGCAGUCCUGCUCUUCUGACCAGAAGUGAUAGAGUUUCACCCAGAUCUCCUUCAGCCUCCUCUUCCUGGCAGGUUGAGCGUUCUCAGAGCAUGUCCGAGUCUGGAUCACGUUCAAAACGUGCCAAACAUCCACGUAGAAACACCAACUCCUACGCUUCACCGUCCAGCAACCGCUUCUUUCCUCUGGCAAAUCUACCUGAAUAGGAUUCCAUGAUGCUGCUUAAAUGAGAGCUGGGCGGGGGUGUCUUUGUUUUUGUUUAGCAUAGGAAGACAUCAAAAUACAGAGGUCCGAGAGAGAGGAAGGACUCAUGAUUUCACUUAGGCCAAAGUAUAUUUAAAUUACCCAAAAUGAAAGGUACCUAUUAUUCAUCUCUAAAAUAAUUUGGCUAAAUUAUAUUACUAAUAUGCUUACAACCUUUUAAUGCAGAACUAACUUUGAUAUACUUUGUAGACUACCAAGUGCCAUAGUUCAUGCCAAUAAAUCAUGUUUUCUGUCUGUAAAUAUGGAGGUUUUCUAAAGUAAGAAAACCACAGAAAAAUGUCCAAAUUGUAGUAGAAUAGAAGUGUAAUGUUAUUUAAUUUGGAAAUACUCAAUUAAAUAAUGGUAUUGGUAAAUGUGUGCUUGAGUAAAAGUAGUGGGGUUUGGUACGAGUUAGCUAUCAUCGCUGUUUACACAUCGCUGUUUACAAGUCGCUGUUUACACAUCGCUGUUUACAGGAGUCAUUUUAAGGGUUAGGGUUACUCAGGAGUUGCCACUCUACGACCUGAAGAUAAAGUGCACCCCCCCUGUGGCAGACCUUACAGCCACAGUGUGUUUACUGAACCAUCCUGCUUAGCAUCCUUUGUAAUGGGUUGUCAGAAACUCCUUUUUGAAUGCUUCAAAACAAGUUGCUUUUCCUUUUUAAUGCUAUUUUUUUUUGCACCUUUGUACUUUCAUACACUAAAAAAAUCCCUUUCUUUUCAGACUAUUUAAUCUUGAAUGAGCUAUCCUGUUUAAUGUGGUUUAUUUUAAAGUGUGUGUGUGUGUGUGUGUGUGUGUGUGUGUGUGUGUGUGUGUGUGUGUGUGUGUGUGUGUGUGUGUGUGUGUGUGUGUGUGUGUGUGUGUGUGUGUGUGUGUGUGUGUGUGUGUGUGUGCGCGUGCAUUACGCAGAGGGUUGUAGCAUGUCCUCUGGAGACAACAGACUGCAGGCAUACAAUAAAAUGAAUGUUUUCACA